UAUGCUGCAAUUUGCGAACACCCAGAACCAGAAAUUGGUCCAACGUAGAUACAAAUAAGUUUGGUGUUGAACAUCAAGAUGGGAGCUUGUGCGUCCAAGAUAUAAAGAGAAGUUUGGGAGUUGCGGCUUUGGCUAGACCGUUUUUACAUGCUCACUCAGCUCUUAAUAUGGAGGUUGAAGCGUGUAGAGCGGGAUUGUUACUUGGUAUUCACCAAGGAUGGACAGAAGUUGAAAUUGAAAGCGACUCCACCCUCCUUAUAGCAGCCCUGAAAAGAGUGGGGAAUGACUUCUCCGAUGUUGGUCGGGUAUUGGAAGAUUGUAAGUCCUAUAUGACGGCUUUCCAAUCUAUUGAGAUCCGACAUAUUUAUAGGGAAGCAAAUGGUGUAGCAGAUCGUCUCGCUCACCUUGCUAGCUUGUUUGCACUUAAUGAUGUUUGGUUAGAGGAGACUCCUGCUAUUAUUCAGGACGUUCUCUACGAGGAUUAUUGUAAAUGCUCUAAUGUAGCGCGGGGUUCAGGUUUUAUGUCCCCCCCGGCGCAAAGUACUACUAUUAAUAUAAUAAAUGGAACCAGGCGUGGGGCUGAGCCUCCCAGUUAGGCUGGGUUCCA